AACAAUCCUCCCCAUCAUGUCCCUGAAACUCCUCUCCAUCAUGCCCCUGAGACUCCUCCCCAUCAUGCCCCUGAGACUCCUCCCCAUCAUGCCCCUGAGACUCCUCCCCAUCAUGCCCCUGAAACUCCUCCCCAUCAUGCCCCUGAGACUCCUCCCCACCGUGACCAUGGUCCCUCACAACAUCCCAACCCUCCUCCUCAGCAUGAUCCCGCACUUCACCCAAAACAUGAACUAAAGCCCCCACACAAUGAUCUCAAACACCCUCAGAAACCAGCCUCUGGCCACCACCCCCCUCCAGCCAAGACACACCAUAAAGAAUCGAGGAAUGAGGAAACGCCGAUUGACUGUCAUCAUAACAUGAUGUGUCGUCUGGGAGCAUUUGAGACUGGACAUGCUGUCAUCAACGGCCUGCCAGCUAACCCAGCCGUGCGCCGCCUCCUCCUGGGUCUGUCCUACGCUUUCAUGAUCGGGAUAGUGGGGUUUUUCAUCCUCCAAUGCUACUGCUUCUUAAAGAAGACUCCAGAGGAUGAGGAAAACAAAGCGCCGGAAUCUGACGGUACUGAAGACAAGAAGGGGCCGCCUGCGACUUUCUGUGUGGAAGCUGAAGGGAAUGAGAAGGUUCUACCUGUGACGAUUGUGGAGGCUGGGGACUACGCCGACCCCUGGAGCGAUCGUGAUGAUGUCAUCAUCAGCCCUGAGGAGCUGAAAGCACUGAUGACUAAACUCCAGGAGGAAGAAAGCAGCAAGGGAUAGAGGCCUGGAAACAGC